UACCAAUAAUCUGCUACUAAAGCAGCUGAAGCUGCAAUCACAGAGCAUCGCAGAAACAUCACUCUGCAAGAAGCCAGCCAGCCACAACUACGUGCAGCUGCGCUCCACUUCAGUGAGCUCAAAUGGUUCAGCUUUCCGCAAUAAAGCGUGUGAAGGGGCGGGCGCCACUGUCAGUGGUGGUGGCGAUCAUCGGCGGCCUGGCUCUCGCGGGCAUCAUCUUCACCGAGGACCUCCGGGGUCUCACUGAAGUCAAGGAGAAGGCGACAGAGAAUCAGAGGGAGAAGAAGAGAACGUCGUUGCGGACCGAGAUCAGGACGUCGGCGCUGCUCUCGGUCGAGCCAGAGACGGCGGCGCCGCCGCCAGUGCCGAAGAUGGCGUUCAACGCGAGCCGGUGCAGCGUGACGAAUGGUUACUGGACGUACGACAGGUCGAAGAAGCUGCCUUACACGGACCAGACGUGCCCAUACGUUGACAGGCAGGACUCCUGCCAGAGCAACGGCAGACCGGACACUGACUACCUCUACUGGGACUGGCAUCUUGACGACUGCAUUCUCCCGAGGUUUGACCCUGUAUCCAUGCUGGAGAAGCUGCGGGGGAAGCGCAUCAUGUUCGUAGGCGACUCGCUGCUGCUGGGCCAGUGGCUCUCCUUCGUCUGCCUCGUCAACUCCGCCGUCCCGGACACCCCAGACGCCAAGUCCAUGGAGCGCAGCCGCACCCUCUCCGUCUACACCGUAAAAGAGUACAACGCGACGGUGGAGUUCUACUGGGCGCCGUUCCUGGUGGAGUCGAACUCGGACCGCAACAUCUCGCUGGGGGCGAGCGGCCGCGUCCUGCACGUCGACGCCAUCGAGGGGCACGCCAAGCACUGGCGCCGCGCCGACAUCCUCGUCUUCGACAGCUACGUCUGGUGGAUGACCGGUUACAGCAUCAAAACGGUGUGGGGAUCGUUCGGGGACGAGGGGUACGAGGAGCUGGACGCCUGGGUCGCCUACCGGCUGGGCCUCAAGACAUGGGCCAACUGGGUCGACUCCAACAUCGACCACACCGCCACCCGCGUCUUCUUCAUGUCCAUCUCCACCACGCACAUGAGGAGUGAGGACUGGGGCAGGGAAGGAGGCAUCAGGUGCUACAACGAGACGUGGCCGAUCACGCAGCGGGGCUACUUCGGGAGCGGCUCCGACCGACGGAUGAUGGAGGUGAUGUCCGGCGUGCUGGGCAGGAUGAGGGUGCCCAUCACGCUGCUCAACAUCACGCAGCUCACGGAGCACCGCGUCGACGCCCACGUCUCCGUCUACACCGAGACCGGCGGUCUCCUCGUCACCGACGAGCAGAAGGCCGACCCGCAGCAGUACACCGACUGCAUCCACUGGUGCGUCCCAGGCGUGCCGGACACCUGGAACCAACUCCUCUACGCACAUUUGUAGCCUGCAGCCUCUCGAUCGCUAGCCCACGCAGUCGCACGCGCACUAUACGCACACACUUGUAGCAACGGACAAAAUAUAAAGGACAGGG